GCAUGCCCUGCGACCUACUGGUGUCCAGUACAGGGUGCAGAUGGCCCUUCAACCAGAGUCAGCUGUGAAAGGAUCCAGCAACCCGAGACCCGAAGGAGGAUGAAUAGGCAAGAAAACACAGUGAAAGAACUUUUAGUAUGCCCCAGGACCAACUGGCGACGAGUCCAGGGUGCAGUCAGUCCUUCACCUAGAUUCAGCUGUGAUGAGCUGCAAUGACCCGAGGCCCAAAGGAGGAGCAGCGUGAAAGAAAACAAAAAUAUGGAUUUUUCCACACCUGGAAGAUAUCAAGCACACCUUGCGGCCGACCUACAACCAGUCCAGGGUGCAGUGGGUCCUUCACCUGAAAUCAGCUUUGAGCAACUCCAGCGUUCCGAGACACGAAGGAGGAGCAGCGUUAAAGGAAACGAAAACAUGGCUUUUUGCACACCUGGUGAACGCCCAGCACGACUUGCGACUAGCCUGCAACCAGUCCAGGGUGCAGUCGGUCCUUCACCUGGAAUCAGCUGUGAUGGAAUCCAGCGACCCGAGACACGGAGGAGGAGCAGCAUGAAAGGGAACAUAACAAUGGAUUUUUCCAAACCUGAAGAACACCUAGCAUACCUUUCAACCGACUGGCAACUAGUCCAGGGUGCGGUCAGUCCUUCACAUAGAUUCAGCUGUGAUGGGCUGCAACGACCAGAGGGCCAUAGGAUGAGCAGCGUCAAAGAAAACGAAAAGAUGGAUUUCUCCACACCUGGAGAACGCCUAGCACGACUUGCGACUAGCCUGCAACCAGUCCAGGGUGCAGUCGGUCCUUCUCCUGGAAUCAGCUGUAAUGGAAUCCAGCGACCCGAGACACGGAGGAGGAGCAGCAUGAAAGGAAACGAAACGGUGUAUUUUUCCACACCUGGAGAACGCAUAGCACGCCUUGAGACCAGCCUUUCAUCAGUCCAGAGUGCAGUCUGUCUUUUACCUGGAAGCACCUGUGAUAGGCUCCAGCGAACCGAGAUCCCUAUGAGGGGCAUCAGUAAUGGAAACGGACAGAAAGAUGGAGGCCUGAAGGUUCCAUAUACAAUGUCAACGGUGACGGUAGCAGUGACGAUAGCAGUGAUGACAGCGGCCUCUCCUGCGACAGUGCUGAAAAUGAAGUUAUGGGAGCUGCAUUAUAUUUUCUUAAGUUUUUAUGAAAAAGCAUUCUCAAAAUGUAAUGGGGAAGAGAUGUGUGUCAAUGACACGCUGAGUCCCACUUCCAAGACAUCGUGA